AUGCCGCACAAUGUGGCAAUGGCAAUGGGAAUGGGAGUUGCACUGGCCGAGGAUGUGCGGGCUUCGAGGAAUUCGCAGGGCAAUGUCUAUCGAUGGGUGGAGGCCUUCCGCCAGCACGGACACAAAUUGGCAACCGUAAAUCCUAUCAGCAUCAGGCCAAGCCAGCAGGAGUUGCAGGAAUUAAGUCCCGCAUUUUAUGGACUGCAGACACAGGAGACGGUGCGCACCGCUGGCCUCUUAAGUGGUCCGCAGGUGGCCCAGAACGUCGCCCAGCUGGAGCAGCUGCUCAAGGACAUUUACUGUGGCCGUUCAGUUAGUGCUGAGUUUUCUUAUGUGGAGGACAUCGAGGAGCGGGAGUGGCUGGCCAAAAACUUUGAGACCCUGGACCAGCAUCAGCUGGAAAAUAGCGAGCGUUGCGAAAUCGCCGAGCUGUUAAUUAAGUCGCAGGCCUGGGACAAUUUCAUGGCACUCAAGUUUCCCACCGUGAAGCGGUACGGAGGCGAGGGCGCCGAAUCCAUGCUAGCCUUCUUCUGGCAGCUGCUACGAGACAGCGUCCAAGGGAACAUUGAGCACGUGGUGCUAGCGAUGCCCCACAGAGGACGCACACCGUUGCAGGCCGCCUUGUUCAACAUGCGGCCCGCCAAAGUUUUCCGCAAACUCAGCGGCGCAUCCGAGUUCGCCGAAGACAUCGAGGCCAUGUCCGACGUCAUAAGUCAUUUCCAUGUUUCCGAGCAGCUGCAGGUGCUGGGCAAGAGCCUUAACUUCAGCAUGGUACGCAAUCCCUCGCAUCUGGAGGCUGCCAAUCCCGUGGCCAUGGGCAAGACGCGUUCCAAGCAGCAGACGAGGGGUGACGGAGCCUUCGGAAUUACGGACAGUCAGCCCUUUGGCCAACAUGUGCUCAACGUAAUCCUCCACGGAGAUGCGGCCUUCGCCGGGCAGGGCAUUAAUCAGGAGUGCCUGAACAUGGCGUAUGUGCCGCACUUCGAAGUUGGUGGCAGUCUGCACCUGAUUGUCAACAACCAGGUGGGUUUCACCACUCCGGGGGAUCGUGGUCGAUCCACUGCCUACACCUCGGAUUUGGCCAAAUCCAUACAAGCUCCGGUCUUCCACGUGAACGGCGAUGAUCCCGAGGCCUUGGCCAGGAUUACAAGUCUGGCCUUCAGGUAUCAGCGAGAGUUCCGCAAGGACAUCUUUAUCGAUCUCAAUUGCUUCCGUCGCUGGGGCCACAACGAACUGGAUGACCCCACAUUUACGAAUCCAUUGGUGUACAAAAUUGUCCAUCAGCGGGGUUCCGUGCCGGACUCGUAUGCCCAGCAUUUGGCCAACGAGAAAGUGCUGUCAGAGUCUCAGGCCAAGAAGAUACGGGAUGACUACAUAAAGUAUCUGGGCGAGGAGCUGGCCCUGGCUCCCACAUACGAGCCACCGCCAUCCUUCUUUGAAAAGCAAUGGAAGGAGCUGCAGCUUGCGCCCUCCAAGGAACUGACCUACUGGGAUACCGGCUUGGAUUACGGACUCUUGCACUACAUUGGCCAGCAGAGCGUGACUUUUCCCGAAGACUUUAACAUUCACCCUCACCUGCUGAAAACCCAUGUUAACGGACGUCUUAAGAAACUGGAAAACGGGGUCAAAAUCGAUUGGUCCACAGCGGAGGCUAUGGCAAUUGGUAGUCUCAUGUACCAGGGUCACAAUGUUCGGAUCAGUGGUGAGGAUGUAGGUCGGGGUACCUUUUCCCAUCGCCACGCCAUGUUGGUGGACCAGCAGACGAAUGAGAUGUUUAUACCCCUGAACAGCAUGGAGGGCGGAAAUGGCGGAAAACUGGAGUUGGCCCACAGUAUUCUAUCGGAGGAAGCAGUUCUGGGAUUCGAGUAUGGCAUGGCCAUCGAUAAUCCCAAUAAUCUGAUCAUCUGGGAGGCGCAAUUCGGAGAUUUUGCCAAUGGAGCUCAAAUCAUUAUCGACACCUUUAUUGUCUCAGGAGAGACCAAAUGGAUGGAGUCCAAUGCUCUGGUUAUGCUGCUUCCCCACGGAUACGAUGGUGCCGCAUCGGAGCAUAGUUCAUGUCGCAUCGAGCGCUUCCUGCAACUCAGCGACUCCAAGGAAACAGCUCCAGAUGGCGAUGCCGUCAACGUGCACAUCGUAAAUCCCACCACCCCCGCCCAAUACUAUCAUGUCCUGCGUCGCCAGCUGGCAAGGAACUUCCGGAAACCCCUAGUGGUCGUGGCUCCGAAGACACUCCUCCGACUUCCGGCUGCCACAUCAACGCAUGAGGACUUCCAGCCGGGAACGCUUUUCCACAAUGUUUUGGGUGACACCACUGUCCAGCCGGAGCAAGUGCGAAAGGUGAUCCUGUGCAGCGGAAAGCACUACUAUAUCCUGGCCGAAGAGAGGGAGAAGCGGAAGGCCUAUGACACGGCCAUCGUGCGCCUUGAAUCCCUCAGCCCCUUCCCCUUCCAGGAGCUGCAGGCUCAGUUGGCCCAGUACGGCAACGUAAAAUCGUUCGUUUGGAGCCAGGAAGAGCAUCGCAAUAUGGGAGCCUGGACUUUUGUGCGGCCACGUUUUGAAAAUUUAAUUGGCCAACAGCUCCACUACUGCGGUCGCUGCGAAGCUCCCACCCCGGCAACCGGAAUCGGAAAAGUGCAUAAACGGGAAGUUGAUGAGAUUGUUGCAGCCCCAUUUGAACUUUAGUGCGCCACCUCCGCCACAGCCUGUCCAUAUACGUAUAUCACAAAGUACUUUUAGCUCAAUAAAACUGCCAAAAUAUGUAAAAACCAGAAAA